GUGGCGUCUCCUUGUUGUGUUACGAAUUGGUUUUGGACCGGGAGAGAUCGACUCGUAUACUCGUACUCGUACAUUUCUAUUAAUACGAGAGUGUAAUAAAUAGAAAAUAUUUUUGAUUUUAAAGAAACCAUAAAUUAGAAUAAUUUAUGAGGUGAUUUAAAGUACUAACAUUUCAUUCAACUACAACUGAUUCCUGGGAUACUGGAGUUUUAUUGUGAAUUGUUAUGGGGCGAAUUACAUUUUGGUUCCUAUUGGGACUAACGUUAUUCGCCAUCUCUUCUCAGGAUGUGUUAGCUAGCUCUGAUGUUGGACCUACUGAAUCCGAAUGCCGUCCUUAUAUUGAAAAGGCCAUUAACGAACUGAAAACAGGUGAAGACAAAGAAGAAUUAAUCCCUAGUCCCGAUACGACUUCCGGCGAAGAUUUAACGAAAAAAGAUAACGACCAUGGUGGAGAGUCCGGUGAAAUGCAGGGAGAUCAACCUGUUCAUGAACAAAAGGAAAGCGUUGUCGAGGAGGUGAAAGCCCCUGUCGACCUUGAUGGUGAUGGCAUUCCCAAUGAACAGGAUAAUGACAUCGAUGGCGAUGUCAUACCCAAUGAAGAAGAUGACGAUAUGGAUGGUGAUGGCGUUUUAAAUGUCAAUGAUGAUGAUAUUGACGGUGACGUCAUUCCCAAUAACAAGGACUCGGAUAUGGAUGGAGACGGUGUGGAGAAUGUCCAUGAUGCUGAUUUGGAUGGUGAUGGCGUAGCCAAUGUCGUUGAUGCUGAUAUCGAUGGCGAUGGUGUUGCCAAUGUCCUGGAUGCUGAUAUGGAUGGUGAUGGCGUUGCCAAUAUUGUUGAUGCCGACAUUGAUGGCGAUGGUGUGCGCAAUGUCAGUGACAACGAUUUGGAUGGUGAUGGCAUUCCCAAUGAUGAAGAUGAUGAUAUGGAUGGCGAUGGCAUUCCCAACGAUCAAGAUGAUGAUAUCGAUGGUGAUGGCAUUCCCAAUGAUCAAGAUGAUGAUAUUGAUGGCGAUGGUAUCCCUAAUCACGAGGAUGAUGACAUCGAUGGCGAUGGCAUUCCAAACCAUGAGGAUGAUGAUAUUGAUGGCGAUGGCAUUCCUAAUCAUGAAGAUGACGAUAUUGAUGGUGAUGGUAUACCCAAUCAUGAAGAUAAUGAUAUUGAUGGUGAUGGUAUUCCUAAUGAUCAAGAUGAUGAUAUCGAUGGUGAUGGCAUUCCCAAUGAACAAGAUGAUGAUAUCGAUGGCGAUGGUAUUCCCAAUCAUGAGGAUGAUGAUAUUGACGGUGAUGGUAUUCCCAAUCAUGAAGACGACGAUAUUGAUGGUGAUGGUAUUCCCAACCAUGAAGACGAUGAUAUUGAUGGCGAUGGUAUUCCCAAUACUGAGGAUGAUGAUAUCGAUGGCGAUGGCAUUCCAAACCACGAAGACAAUGACAUUGAUGGUGAUGGCAUUCCAAAUCAUGAAGAUAACGAUAUCGAUGGCGAUGGAAUUCCCAAUGACCAGGAUAACGAUAUAGAUGGCGAUGGUAUUCCCAACCAUGAAGACGAUGAUAUUGAUGGUGAUGGCAUUGCUAAUGAAGUAGAUGACGAUGUUGAUGGCGAUGGUUUGCCCAAUGACGAAGAACCCAAGAGCCUUGAUGUUGAUAGUGAUGGCAUUACCAACGAUGAUGAUAGUGAUAUCGAUGGUGAUGUGGUACCCAAUGAGUUAGAUGCUGAUAUGGAUGGUGAUGGUAUUCCCAAUACCCGUGACAACGACAUCGACGGUGAUGGAGUUCCCAAUGUGCAUGAUGAAGACGGUCAUGAACAGGCUGAUGUUCAACCAGGCGCACGCACCAAGCGUAGUGUUGGCGAUCUAGAUGGUGAUGGCAUACCCGAUGAGGAAGACGAUGACAAGGAUGGUGAUGGUAUUCCUGAUCAUCAAGAUGAUGAUUUGGAUGGCGACGGUAUUCCCAAUCAUCAAGAUGAAGACAUUGAUGGUGAUGGCUUGCAUAACCAUGAGGAUGCCGAUGACAAUGGUGAUGGUAAAUCAGAUGAUGAAGCAGCCGCUGAGGAGGAAGCCCAAGCAGCCGAAGAAGUAGUAGAAAUGGAAGCCGCCGAAGAGAAGACCGAAGCUGUGGAGGAAGAAGUCGAAGCUGUGGCUGCCGAAGUGGUUGAAGCAGCAGCUGUUGAUGAGCCUAAAGCUUCUGCUGAGGAAACUGAAGAUACUGCUGAUGAGGCUAAAGGCUCUGUGGAGGAAGCAGAGGGCACUGCUGAGGAGGCUGCUGAGGAAGUUGAAGCUGUUUCUGCAGAAGCCGAAGUUGCUGCUGAGGAAACUCCCGAAGCUGAAGAGGAAACCAAGCCAGAAGAUGAAUUAUUAUGGGUUUCUAAAAAACGUGGAGAUCCCAACGACAUUGAUGGUGAUGGCAUUCCCAACAUACACGAUGAUGAUAUGGAUGGUGAUGGCAUUGCCAAUCGCGACGACAACGACAUGGAUGGCGACGGUCUUCCCGCCGAAGAAGAUGAGGAUAUCGAUGGAGAUGGAACACCCAAUAGUUUAGAUGCCGAUGUGGAUGGUGAUGGCACCCCAAAUCACUUGGAUGAAGAUAUUGAUGGUGAUGGUACCCCUAAUCAUCUUGACGCAGAUGUUGAUGGUGAUGGUACGCCCAACCAUUUAGAUGCAGAUAUGGAUGGCGAUGGCACCCCCAAUGAUUUGGAUGCAGAUGUUGAUGGUGAUGGCACGCCUAAUCAUUUGGAUGAUGAUAUUGAUGGUGAUGGCACCCCCAAUGAUCUUGAUGCAGAUGUUGAUGGCGAUGGUACACCAAAUCAUUUGGAUGAGGAUAUAGAUGGUGAUGGCACACCUAAUCACCUGGACGCCGAUGUGGAUGGCGAUGGUACUCCAAAUCAUUUAGAUGAAGAUAUAGAUGGUGAUGGUACCCCCAAUCACCUGGAUGCCGAUGUAGAUGGUGAUGGUACUCCAAAUCAUUUGGAUGAGGAUAUAGAUGGUGAUGGUACACCAAAUCACCUGGAUGCCGAUGUAGAUGGUGAUGGUACUUUAAAUCAUCUCGACGAAGAUAUAGAUGGCGAUGGCACCCCUAAUCAUCUUGAUGGCGAUGUCGAUGGAGAUGGCACGCCAAAUGAGGUGGAUGAAGACAUCGAUGGUGAUGGCACUCCCAAUGAUCUGGAUGCCGAUGUUGAUGGCGAUGGCACUCCCAACCAUCUGGACGAAGACAUUGAUGGUGAUGGCACUCCCAAUCAUCUUGACGGGGACGUUGAUGGAGAUGGUACUCCAAAUGAGGUGGAUAAAGACAUCGAUGGCGAUGGCACUCCCAAUGAUCUGGACGGCGAUAUUGAUGGUGAUGGUACACCCAAUUAUUUGGAUGCCGACAUUGAUGGAGAUGGCACACCAAAUGCCUUAGACGAUGAUAUAGAUGGUGAUGGUGUAAGCAAUGAAAAAGACAACGAUAUCGACGGAGAUGGUGUGUCCAACGAUGAGGAUGAUGAUAUAGAUGGCGACAAUACUCCCAACGAUUUGGAUGAAGAUAUGGAUGGAGAUGGCAUUAGUAAUGCCCAUGAUAUGGAUGUUGAUGGUGAUGGAGUGUCUAACACCCAAGAUGAUGACCAUCAAGAUAUGGAUGGUGAUGGCAUCCCCGAUAGCAAAGAUGAUGAUAAGGAUGGUGAUGGUGUACCCAAUCAUCAGGAUGAUGAUGUUGAUGGAGAUGGCAUACCAAAUGUUCAUGAUACGGAUAUCGAUGGUGAUGGCAUACCCAACGAAAAGGAUGCGGAUCGCGAUGGCGAUGGUUUACCAAAUGACCGCGAUGAUAGUGAUGGAGAAGCUGAUGACAAAAAAGGGAUUUCCAGAGGCAAAGACAUCGAUGGUGAUGGUAUUCCCAAUGAACGUGAUCCUGAUAUGGAUGGUGAUGGCAUUGUGAAUGUGAGAGACUCGGAUGCAGAUGGCGAUGGCAUUCCUAAUAGUAAAGACUCAGAUAUUGAUGGUGAUGGAAUUGCGAAUGCCCAAGACAAGGAUAUCGAUGGUGAUGGUAUAUUAAAUGAAAGAGACAACGAUACCGAUGGUGAUGGCAUUGCCAAUGAAGACGAACCCAAGAACCUUGACAUAGACAACGAUGGUAAAACGAACGAUGAUGAUAGUGAUAUUGAUGGUGAUGCCAUACCCAAUGAAUUGGAUGAAGACAUGGAUGGUGAUGGUUUACUUAAUGUGCGUGAUAAGGAUAUGGAUGGGGAUGGAGUGCCUAAUGUCCAUGACGAAGAUCAUCGCGAUAUGGAUGGUGAUGGUGUAAGCGAUGACCAUGAUGAUGAUAUGGAUGGUGAUGGCAUUGCCAAUUUAAAGGAUCAUGAUAUGGAUGGAGAUGGUAUACCCAAUCAAAAAGACUCAGAUCGUGAUGGUGAUGGUAUUCCCAACAAAAAAGAUCCCCAUGAUGGGGAAGCGGAUGAUAAGAAGCGUAUUAAACGGAUUUCCAGAGUUCGUGCAAACGAUAUAGACGGUGAUGGUAUACCAAAUAUUCAUGAUACCGAUAUGGAUGGCGAUGGCAUUCUGAACCAGGAAGAUCCUGAUGCCGAUGGUGAUGGCAAACCCACCAGCGAAGAUUCCGACAUCGAUGGUGAUGACACUCCUAAUAGCGAAGAUGAAGAUAUCGAUGGUGAUGGCAUUGCCAAUGAAAAAGAUCACGAUGUUGAUGGCGAUGGCAUGCCCAAUGAGGAAGAACCCAAAAGUUUGGAUUUAGACAAUGAUGGCAUACCCAAUAAUGAGGAUAGCGAUAUGGAUGGUGAUGUAAUACCCAAUGAACUGGAUGAGGAUAUGGAUGGCGAUGGUAUACUGAAUAUUCGUGACAAAGAUAUCGAUGGCGAUGGUGUGCCCAAUCUUCACGAUGAAGAUCAUCGUGAUAUGGAUGGUGAUGGGGUGGCCGAUGAACAUGACGAAGAUAUUGAUGGUGAUGGUAUUCCAAAUGUAAAAGAUCACGAUAUUGAUGGUGAUGGUAUUCCCAAUCAACGUGAUCCAGAUCGCGAUGGUGAUGGCAUAAGCAACAGCAAAGAUCAAAAGGAUGGCGAAGCUGAUGAUAAGCGAUCAACUCGCAAAUUGAAACGGAUUUCCAGAGCCCAUGCAAAUGAUUUGGAUGGCGAUGGUAUACCAAAUAUUAAUGAUCCCGAUAUGGAUGGUGAUGGUAUUCUCAAUCUGCAAGACUCGGAUGCCGAUGGGGAUGGAAUUUCCAUGAUGGAUGAUUCUGAUAUUGAUGGCGAUGGCACACCCAAUAGUGAAGAUGAGGACAUCGAUGGCGAUGGUGUGACCAAUGACAAGGAUGAAGAUAUCGAUGGCGAUGGCAUGUUGAACGAAGAAGAACCGGAAAGCCUCGACUUCGAUAAGGAUGGCAUACCGAAUGAUGAGGACAAUGAUAUUGAUGGCGAUGUUAUACCCAAUGAAUUAGAUGAAGACAUGGAUGGCGAUGGGGUGCCGAAUAUUCAUGAUAAGGACAUUGAUGGUGAUGGAGUGCCCAAUCUUCAUGAUGACGAUCAUGCCGAUAAAGAUGGUGAUGGUGUUCUAGAUGAACAUGAUGAUGAUAUUGAUGGCGAUGGUGUGCCUAAUCAUAAGGACGACGAUAUUGAUGGCGAUGGUGUACCAAAUGCACGCGAUGGCGAUCGAGAUGGUGAUGGGGUACCAAAUUUUAAAGAUAUUAGGGAUGGCGAAGCCGAUGAUCACAAGUCUGGGGUCAAAUUGAAACUGGUUUCUAAAGGACACGAUAGCGAUAUUGAUGGCGAUGGCAUACCAAAUAUACACGACACCGAUAUGGAUGGUGAUGGUAUACUCAACCAUGAGGAUUAUGAUGCUGAUGGUGAUGGAAUUCCUACCGACAAAGAUACCGACAUUGAUGGCGAUGGAAAGCUCAAUCAUGAAGACGACGAUAUUGAUGGCGAUGGCAUUGCCAAUGAAAAGGAUCAUGACAUAGAUGGUGAUGGCAUGUCAAAUGAUGAAGAACCCAAGAGCUUUGAUAUCGAUGGUGAUGGCAUUCCCAAUGAUCAAGAUGAGGACAUUGAUGGGGAUGUUAUACCCAAUGAAUUGGAUGAAGACAUGGAUGGUGAUGGUGUACUCAAUGUUCGUGACAAGGACAUUGAUGGUGAUGGAGUGCCCAAUGUACAAGACAAAGACCAUCGCGAUAUGGAUGGCGAUGGCAUACCGGAUCACCAUGAUGAUGAUAUUGAUGAGGAUGGUAUUCCAAAUCAUAUAGACGAUGAUAUAGAUGGGGAUGGUAUCCUCAAUGACCACGAUAUAGAUCGUGAUGGCGAUGGUUUUCACAAUCACCAGGAUGAUAGUGAUGGUGAAGCCGACGAUAAAAAUGUUUUUAUUAAAAUGUUACGGAUUUCCAGAGGUCUUGCUUUUGACAUUGAUGGUGAUGGCAUACCAAAUGUCCAUGAUACUGAUAUGGAUGGCGAUGGCAUUCUUAAUCAGGAGGACAAUGAUGCCGAUGGUGAUGGCAUUCCCACUGCCCAAGAUGCCGAUAUUGAUGGGGAUGGAACACCGAAUUAUGAGGAUGAUGACAUCGAUGGUGAUGGCAUUGCCAAUGAAAUGGACCAUGAUCUAGAUGGUGAUGGUAUGUCAAAUGACGAAGAACCCAAAAGUCUUGACCUUGACGGAGAUGGUAUACUCAACGAUGACGAUGAUGAUAUUGAUGGUGAUGUAAUUCCCAAUGAACUGGACGAUGAUAUGGACGGUGAUGGUGUGUUGAAUGUACGUGACAAAGACAUUGAUGGAGAUGGAGUACCUAAUGUUCAAGAUAUUGAUCAUCGGGAUAUGGAUGGUGAUGGUAUACCCGACCAUCAUGAUGAUGAUGUGGAUGCCGAUGGUAUACCAAAUGCGAAGGAUGAUGACAUUGAUGGCGAUGGCAUACCUAAUGAACGCGAUAUCGAUCGCGAUGGUGAUGGUUUUCACAAUGAACAGGAUCACAGUGAUGGAGAGGCUGAUGAUAAGAAGAUCAGUGGUAGAAGAAAACGGAUUUCCAGAGGUCAUGCCAUUGAUUUGGAUGGUGAUGGCAUACCCAACAUCCAUGACACCGAUAUGGAUGGCGAUGGUAUACUGAAUCACGAGGACAAUGAUGUUGAUGGUGAUGGCUUGGAAACCCAUGAAGAUCCUGAUAUCGAUGGUGAUGGCACCUUGAAUCAUGAGGAUGAAGAUAUCGAUGGUGAUGGCAUUGUCAACGAACAUGAUCAUGAUAUCGACGGCGAUGGCUUGGCUAAUCAUCAUGAACCCACUAGUCUGGAUAUUGAUGGUGAUGGCAUACCCAACGAUGAUGAUGAUGAUAUUGAUGGUGAUGUUAUACCCAAUGAUUUGGAUAAAGACAUGGAUGGCGAUGGUGUGCCCAAUGUGCACGACAAAGAUAUCGAUGGCGAUGGCAUACCCAAUAUCCAUGAUGAUGAUCAUCCCGAUAUGGAUGGUGAUGGCAUACCAGAUUGUGUGGACGACGAUAGAGAUGGAGACGGCAUUCCAAAUCACAAAGAUGAUGACAUUGAUGGUGAUGGUAUACCAAAUCACAAGGAUGAUGACAUCGAUGGUGAUGGUGUGCCGAAUCAUCGUGAUGUAGAUCGUGAUGGUGAUGGCGAGCAUGAUGACAGUGAUGCUCACAAGCGUCAUGACAAGAAGUCGAUUUCCAGAGGUCAUGAUAUUGAUGGCGAUGGCAUACCCAACGUUCACGACACUGACAUGGAUGGCGAUGGCAUAUUGAAUCACGAGGACAACGAUGUGGAUGGUGAUGGUUUGUCAACACAUGAAGAUCCCGACAUCGAUGGCGAUGGCACCUUGAACCAUGAGGAUGAGGAUAUAGAUGGCGAUGGCAUUGCCAACGAACAUGACCAUGACAUCGAUGGUGAUGGCAUGACAAAUGAUCAAGAGCCAGCCAGCCUAGACAUUGAUGGCGAUGGUAUACCAAAUGACGAUGAUGAGGAUAUCGAUGGUGAUGUCAUUCCCAAUGAAUUGGAUGAGGAUAUGGAUGGUGAUGGCAUACCCAAUCUCCAUGACAAAGACAUCGAUGGUGAUGGUGUGCCCAAUGUGCAUGAUGAAGAUCAUCGUGAUAUGGAUGGUGAUGGAGUGCCCGAUGAUCAGGAUGAUGAUAUUGAUGGUGAUGGCAUACCCAACCACAAAGAUGAAGACAUUGAUGGUGAUGGUAUACCCAAUCAUCAAGAUGUGGAUCGCGAUGGUGAUGGUGUGCCCAAUGUUCAUGAUCACUUUGAUGGUGAGGCCGAUGAUAAGAAAUCUGUUGUUAGUCGCACGAGGCAUGAUCUCGAUGGUGAUGGUAUUCCCAAUAUUCACGAUCCUGACAUGGAUGGCGAUGGUAUUCUCAACCAUGAAGACAAUGAUCUUGAUGGUGAUGGUAUACCCACACACAAGGAUACCGAUAUUGAUGGCGACGGAAAACCGAAUACUGAAGAUGAGGAUAUCGAUGGCGAUGGCAUUGUCAAUGAAAAGGAUCAUGACAUUGAUGGUGAUGGCAUGCCCAACAGUGAGGAACCCAAGAGCCUGGAUAUCGAUGGCGAUGGCAUACACAAUGAUGAUGAUACCGAUAUCGAUGGUGAUGUACUGCCCAAUGAGUUGGAUCCUGAUAUGGAUGGUGAUGGGGUGCCCAAUAGGCAUGACAAUGAUAUCGAUGGUGAUGGCAUACCCAAUAAACAUGAUGAGGAUAAACAUGAGCAGGCUGAUAUACAGCCUAGUGCCAAGAAACGGUCCAAACGUGAUUUGGAGGCAGUUUCCACCAGUGAUAUGGAUGGCGAUGGCAUACCCGAUGAUUUGGAUGAGGAUAAGGAUGGUGAUGGAGUGCCAAAUCAUCAAGAUGACGAUAUCGAUGGUGAUGGUAUACCCAAUUAUCAGGACAAUGACAUUGAUGGUGAUGGCAUACCCAAUGAGCAUGAUGACGAUCGUGAUGGUGACGGUGUGACAAAUGCCGAAGAUGAUAGCGAUGGUGAACUGGAUGAUAUUGAUACCCGACCGGAAGAUGAAUUACUUUGGGAAGGUGAAAUUCCCGAACAACGUCGUAGCCGCGAUCACAUUAACGAACUUUUGCAACUUGACGAACAAUACAAUGCUCGCGAAAAGGCCAUCGAUAAUGUGGCUGAAGUUAUUUUGCGUGACAUUAAACGUACCUAUGAGAAUGCCAUUAAGCCCUUGGAAGCUAUGUUCAAAUAUCGUGACUUGAGCAAUCGUCACUUUGGUGAUCCAGAAAUUUUUUCCAAACCUUUGGUUUUGUUCAUGGGCCCCUGGUCUGGUGGCAAAUCAUCGAUUAUUAACUAUUUGACUGAUAAUGAAUAUACACCUCAUUCCUUGAGAUCGGGUGCUGAACCUUCACCGGCCUAUUUCAAUAUCUUGAUGUGGGGUAAUGAGACGGAAGUUUUGGAUGGCACACAAUUGGCAGCCGAUUAUACAUUUUCUGGCUUGCAGAAAUUCGGUCAAGGUUUGGAGGAUCGCUUGCGUGGUCUUAAGAUGCCAAUUAAGUUGUUGGAAAAGGUCAACAUUGUCGAAAUUCCCGGCAUUUUGGAAGUACGCAAACAGGUCUCACGCCUCUUCCCCUUCAAUGAUGCCUGCCAAUGGUUCAUCGAUCGUGCCGAUAUCAUUUUCCUGGUCUACGAUCCUGCCAAACUUGAUGUUGGCCCCGAAACCGAAGCUAUUUUGGAUCAAUUGAAGGGUCGUGAAUAUCAAACCCGCAUCAUUUUGAAUAAGGCCGAUACUGUGAAACCAGAAGAAUUGUUGCGCGUUCAAAGUGCCUUGAUUUGGAAUAUUUCUCCAUUGAUGUCAUCAGCUCAACCACCAUUGGUGUAUACCACUUCAUUGUGGGGUCGUCCCUAUCAAGAGGGUUCCCCUGCUCGUUUGUUGUUGGCCCAGGAGAGAGCUUUCCUCAGAGAUCUUCGUACAGCUGUUGACAAGAGGAUUGAAAACAAAAUUGCUAGUGCGCGUCGUUUUGCUGUUCGCGUCCGUAAUCAUGCCAAAAUGGUUGACUGCUAUCUCAAUACCUACUACAAUCACAAAUCAUUGUUUGGCAACAAGAAACGCAUUGCCGAUACAAUUAUUGAGAAUCCCCAAAAUUACCACAUCUACGAGGGUCUGUCAACACUGACGAAUAUCUCGCGUUACGAUUUGCCCGAUCCCGAGGUGUAUCGUGACUUCUUCCGCUUGAAUCCAUUGUAUGAAUUCAAGAAAUUGUCAGAGACUUGCUCAUACUUCCGCGGUUGUCCCAUUACCAAAUUGGAUGUGGCCAUUGCUUAUGAUUUGCCCGAUUUGGUAGGCAAAUACAAGCGUAUGGCCGAAACAGCUUUGGCCAAUGUGGAGCAGAAGGAGGCAGCCGCAGCUGGUGGUGGUGAAGAUGAUAAAAAUCAAAAGACCAAAAGUUGAGUUGACAUUUCCAAGUGAUAUAAAAAAACAACAACAACUUAAACAACAACAGAAUAAGAAAAACAACUACAAACACUAGAUGAUAGUCUAUGUUAGCCCUUGCUAGAAGAAGAGAAGAAAAAAAGAGAAAAAGUUAACCCUAUCUUACAACUAACGAGAGCGCUCUCUCUUUUUCUCUUUAUUUGCCUUAAAAUGUAUUCCAUGAAUCGAGAGUAUUCAAAACGGAGAGCAUCUCUCAAAAUGAGUGUUAUGUGAGAGCGCUUCAACAUGUCUUUCUAUUAUGAGAGUUAAGAGAGAGUAAACGAGUCCAAGCCAUGAGAAAUUUCUCCUGGCCAAUUCUUUUGGAGAACAUUAAAUAUUUCAUCAAGAGUUAUCACAAGAGAGCUACAGAAGACAUCACUUAGUCAAGUUUAAGGAGAGACCACCACCCCAAAACAACAACAACAACAACUACAACAUGAGCCAACUGCAACAUUUUAAUAGCCCUUUUAAGAGUUUACUAUUACAAAAAGAAAAAACCUAAUAAUAACAAUAAUAAAUUAAAACACAUUUACACAGAAAAUAGCAAAACGAAAAAAGCACUAACCCCCGUCCCCUUUCAAAAUUAAAAAUAAUACAAACAACUAAUUGAGAGAAAAGAGAGAGAGAUAUAUGAGAGCGAUUUAAUUUUUUUUAGUUAUCUAAGUCAUAACAAGUAGUCACGAUUUGAGUUAGAGCAAACCAAACAGAGAGCGAGAGAGAGAGAAAAAAAAAACAAGAAACAUUUAGCCAGCACUUUUAUCAAAACGAUAGACAAUCAAAUUAAAAAAAAAAAAAUUCAGGCCCCUGAUUUAAUUUGAAAUUUUUAAUGUUUUUUGAAAUCGUUUUUUUUCUUCAAAACAGUUCAACCAACCAACAAACAGACAGACAGCUACUUCUACUACAGUUUAGCACAGUAGGCAUAUAAUUUUAUUUAAAGCAUUUAAUUUAUUUGUCAGUGCACGUCAUUUUCUAUAACUUUGUUAUCCCACCAUCUAUGGAAUAUUGCACCUCCAAGGGGUUCCUUGGUUCCUUUUGUUCCGUCCGUUUUUUUAUAUAGAGAAACCCCCGCCCCACCCACAGUCUCUGUUCUUUGUUUCUGUUUUCUUGUCUUUAUGUCCUUAGCCCAAAAUCAUAGAGAAUAAGUUUUACAUUUUUUGAAAAAAGAAAAAGGAAAAAUUUUGAAUUUUUUGUGAGACAGUGAAGACGUUUCAACUAAUACUUCAGCAUACCUAUGUAUAUAUGUAUGUAUUUGGUUAGAUAUGUUUGUAUGUGUGUAAGGAUUUUCUUUGCGCAUGUAUGUAUUUAGCCGCCUCCAAACAGUACAGCAAAUCUUUUGCAAAUGUAUUUUUCUUUUUUUUUUGUAAUUUAGUACUUCAGUUUUGUGUUUUUUUAGAUAGCCUUUUUUCGGUUUAGAAGAUGUGUUGUGUGACAGCAAACGUUUUCUGAUAAUGGAAUUUGUAAGAUUAUUUUUCAAUAAAAUGAUGCGACUUUAAGUAAAUAAAUAAAUCUUAAAAAAAAACAGAAAAA